AUGGGCGCCGUCGAGCAGCUGGUUUACGCUGAGCUGCAGGCGCGAAUAAUCAGGAACAAGUAUUCUCCCAGUCCAGAGGAGCGUGAGACCUUGGAAAAGUGUCGCUCGAAAGCGCUACGAAGCGCCUUUUUCGGAGGAGGAGCAGCGGCCGUAAUAGCGUGGCUUUUCCUUUCGCGGCCGUUGAGCACAAGCUGGGGCGCUCUUGGCCUCCUGCGGUUUAACCUAUGGCGCCAGAGUCCACUUGGCAGAAACGGCGGGGGUUGGCAGAGUAGAUCCUCUGGGUCUGUCGCGCCUGACUCGCUAGGCAGGUCGGGAUUCGGCGAAACCGGUGGGUCUCCGAGCAGCGGCCCUGCUGCCGAUGCCGGACCGCAUCCUGAGGGAUCACAAACACUUCCGCACAGCGCUGCUUCCAGAGUGACUAGAGCGGAUCGAGCCCCCGCCUGGAGGAGAGGCGUCCUCGUGACGUGUGGCACCUUGAUAGGGGCUUACUAUGGAGCCCAGCGCACCGGCACGUACUGCCUGGAGGACCUGCUUGCUCUUGGCCCACGCUCUGCUAUGGCGAACGAGAUUCGCUUCAUUCUCCAGGAUGCGAAGCAGUCCCUGGAGCUCGUUGGCAGCAGCCCAAACUACUCAAGUACGGCCGCGGAGUCUGGCGAACUUGCGGACGGAGCGUCGUCGCCGGAACUUGCCGCGAAUGAAGACGCUCCCAUGGCCGGGCCAGGGCGCACUGGUGCGGGUCUGCUUACGGAGAGGGCAAUGAAAAUCCUCCAACAGAGUAUUCGUCGCGACGAGAUUGAGCACUGGCUGCGGCAACAUGACACAACAGCUCCAUUCGACAAUGAUCAAGUUUCGCUUGAGAUAGAGACGCCGUGGCAGCUCGAGACAGAUAGAGCCAGCGGCUCUGCAUGGCAUGCGACCGAUGCACCCGGGACGCUCUCGGUGGAAGAUACGCCAAGCGCUCGAGCUGAGGAUUCGCUAACUGUGGGGUUUGGCAGAAGCCGCCCCGACGGAGGUGCUGUGGCGGGUUUGCGCCCUCGAAUCGGUCCAUCGUUGCCAGAGCGACCGGUUUCGAGCGUUGCACCCAAGAGACGAGAGGCAGUCCGCGGUGGAGAGUUACCGAACCUUGUCGAAUCCCAGGUGCAGAGCCGUACAGAUAUAUUAAGCGCAAGCGAUGCCCAUGCGAACGACGGUGUGGACGAUUCUGUUGAAGACCAGGUACCGGGCCGUGUCCCGUGGUCAGUUCAAACGGCGGAACCGAAGCCUUCAUUGGCCGACGAAGUGCGCAAAGCCGAAUGA